CAAUGGCUCAGCCCACAAGCUCCAAAACCAACACUUCAACAUUCAUGGCAUGGGAUAAUAAGGAGACUUGUAAACUAGAUAUCAUCCUGGGGCUGUCUUGUUAACUAGUUCUUGUAUUUUAUUCUUCCAUCUCUAUUUCGUCCUUCGUUCGGCCUUCAUCUCUUGCUAGUAUUAACUUACUAGUCAUCCCCUACCGCUACUCCACGAUAGACGAGACCGUUCCUAGCCGCAGACGCCAUGGCCAAGCACGACUAUCCGUACAAGAAGAGUGUUAACGUCACCGCUUGGAUCCUGCAGAUCUUGGUGUGCAUAGUGCUUCUAGCUGCGUCGGCGUGGUUGUUGUGGAUUUCAGAGCAGCAAGAUCUUGACGAUCUCUUGGGUGAUUAUAAUGGAAUUUUCACUGCCUCCGCCGGCCUUCAAAUCGGCAUUACCGGCCUUAAUAUCGUCAUGAACGUAGUCGAGAUCAUCCUAAUCUCCCAGAAGCGAAUGCCGCCAGGGUUGUUCCUCACGAGCGCUUGCAUCAAGACCGGAAUCUGGGGUAUCAUCUUCAUACUGAACGCGAUCGCACACUCUGCUCUCUCCAUAAUCCUGACUAUAGUCCUAUUUGCGUCGUCCUUGACCCAACUUAUCCACGCAGCGAUCAUCGUCCACCGCAAGCGACGCGGCACCCUAACGGGCGGCAACUACGCGCCUGCCGUCAACCCGCAGGGCUUCGAGGAGGGCGUAUACGCCCAGCCGGCGCCGGGGUACUACUACCCACCCCCCACCAACACCGAGUACAAAUCGCCCGCUGCAUCGCCGCCGCCGCCCCAGUAUGGAAACCCGGCCGGGGAUGUCUACGCGCCACAGGUGCCUGCAGGCUCCUACGAGCUCGACAGCCGAGCCCGAAACCUUUAGAAAAAGUACCGGGCAUAAAGGCUAGUAUUAUCUGUUAGAUUGCAUAUUAAGGAUGCAUUGCUGUUUGCUGAGCUCGGCUAAGCUCGGCUUGUU